AUGACAACAUCAAGACAAUCUGAUCCUGCUUCUUUGCACAACCCAUACUUUAACCUCAAACCAGGACAAAAGGAUAUUUGGUCCUUGAUUAACGAGACUGCGGCUGCAGCACAAGAAGCAAACCCAGACACCAAAAUAGUUAACUUGGGGCAAGGGUUUUUUUCAUAUAGUCCACCAGAUUUUGCUAUCCAAGCUGUUGAUGAUGCAUUGACAAAGCCACAAUAUAAUCAGUAUGCGCCUGCGAAAGGAAACCCCAAUUUGUUGAAACAGGUUGCAGCACAUUACUCCAAAAGCUAUGGCCGUGAUGUACCAGUUGAUGAAGUGCAAAUUACUACGGGAGCAAACGAAGGUAUGUUUGCCGUAUUUUUUGGGUUCUUGACUCCAGGAGAUGAAGCAAUUGUCUUUGAGCCAUUUUUCGAUCAAUAUAUUCCAAACAUUGAAAUGACUGGUGCUAAGGUGAGAUAUGUUGAGAUAAAGUAUCCGAAAAAAUUGGACACUAAAACCGUCAAUGCCUCAGAUUGGGAAAUCGAUUGGGAUCAAUUAGAAAACAGUAUCAAUGACAAGACAAAGUUAAUUGUCAUCAAUACGCCUCAUAAUCCAAUCGGUAAAGUCUUUACCAAUGAGGAGUUACACAGGAUUGGUGAGUUGGUGAUCAAACAUAAUUUGAUUUUGGUUAGUGACGAAGUUUACGAAAACUUGUACUUUACACCAGAGUUCCCAAGACCUGCAAAUUUGAAAUCCCUAUCUGAAUUGAAAGAGCGUACAUUGACAGUUGGGUCUGCAGGUAAAUCUUUUGCAGCUACAGGAUGGAGAGUUGGUUAUAUCCAAGGACCAGCUUCAUUGAUCAAAUAUGUUGCCGCUGCUCAUACGAGAAUUUGCUUUUCAACCCCUCAUCCAUUGCAGCAAGCAGUGGCACAAGCAUUUGAACAAGCAGAUAAGCUCGACUAUUUUACCAAAGUGAAGGACGAGUACGUGAAAAAGUAUGAAUUGUUCACUAAGGUGUUUGAUGAUUUGGGCUUACCAUACACCGUAUCCGAAGGUGGUUAUUUCCUUUUGGUCAAUUUAUCCAAGUUAAAGAUUCCUUCAGACUAUGAAUUUCCUGAAGCUAUAUCCAGUAGAGGAACUUUGGAUUUCAAAUUAGCCUAUUGGUUGAUUAAGGAAAUUGGUGUUGUGGGGAUCCCACCGACAGAGUUUUUAAUUGAAGAGAGAAGACGCGGUAACGGAUUAGAAAAUUGUGUUCGAUUCGCUGUGUGCAAAGACGAUGUUGUUUUGGAAGAGGCAGUUGAGAAGUUGAAGAAGUUGAAGAACUAUUUAUAG